AUGGCUUCAUCAGAUUCUCAAAUCGCUACCUCCGCCGUCGCAACCUCCACCUUCAACUCCCUCCGCCUUGGAAGAACCACCCAGACUGUUGUUGGCCGCCUCAUCAAUGAAUUGUUAUUACUAGAUGCAUUCUUUCACAAGCAUGUGGCUUCAAUAGCAAAGCGUCCCUCUGAUGCUAUUUCUUCUUCUAUCAACAAGCUUGAAGAUAAACAUAUUGCUGCUACAGGUUUUGCUUGA